AUGGUUAACUCACAAUUAGGUCUUUCUCCCGCAAGCUCAUCCACUCCCAUCCCUCAUCCUACUAAAGAUCAACCGGCUCCUCAAGAAGAGUCAUCAGGAGUGCCCGCACCCCAGCUGGCGGUCGUCACAACUGAAGCAUUUGAAGAGCUCCGUCAGCAGGUGGUCACGCUCAAGCAACUGUUAAGUCAAAGAAAUUCGCCUCCGUCACCAGCGCAGGUAGAGCAUGGUGGUUUUAUAGCUGAUGCUCGAGCCCGACCACCAAACCUCGCAACUGGCGGAGUAGGAACCUCAGGUAUUUGUAAUAUGGCCUCGGGCUCAAGAUCGGUUGCUAUGGAUUCCAGUGAGAUUGCCCAGAUCAUUCAAGAAGGAAUAACUGCAGGCCUGCAACGGAGUGCUUGGGGGCCAACGGGUUUUACCCCUGACACUCCAUUCACGCCAGAGAUAUUGUCAUAUCCCCUGCCCGACAUAUUCAAAUACCCUUGCAUUAAAGAGUAUGAUGGGAUGACCGACCCAGUCAACCAUCUCAAUGUAUAUACUGAUGUCAUGAAUUUGCAAGUUGCGCCACAUCAAGUUAUGUGCAAAGCCUUCCUGCAAACGCUGACUAAUGCCGCUAGGGAUUGGUUCUCAACAUUGGACCCCAACUCCAUAGCCUCAUUCUCAGAUUUGGUUGAUAAGUUCUCAGCUUUCUCUGCAAGUAGCAAGCGAAUCAGAAAGACUGCGGCCUCUCUCAUGCAACUUCGCCAAGGACCAAAUGAAACUCUGCUAGGAUUUAUGACGAGGUUUAACAAGGAUAGACUUCAAAUAACUGACCUUCACAUUACGAUGGCUGUCUCUGCCCUCACAUACGCCAUAAGGUGUGAAGCCUUCAAGAUGUCCUUAUCAAAGACCUCACCACAGACAGUGAUCGAACUCCUAACCCGAGCUGAAAAAUACAUCAAUAUGGAGGAAACGCUGAAUCCAAGGAGAUAUGGUCCUUCCCAUGAAAAGGUCAAGAAUGAGAAGCAACAUGACCCCAUUUCCCGGCCAAAGUAUCCUCGGGAAAAAUGCAAGAAUCAAGGGCCACCAGGACCUCUCACCCAAUUGAAUACCUCCAAGGCAAAUAUCUUAAUGGAGAUCAAAGAUAUGAAAGAGUUGAAGUGGCCUUCAAGAAUGAAGUCGUCCCCUGACACAAGAGAUAAGAGCAAGUAUUGUGAAUUUCACCAAGAUCAUGGGUAUACUACGGAGGAUUGUCAAGCCUUGCAGUGGGAAAUUGAAGCCCUCAUUAAAAGAGGGCUGUUAAGGAAUUACAUUGGUCAUGAUAAAUGCCCAAGGAAUGACCGUGACAAUCGGAAAGAGCCUGGAGUAGGAAGCAGCGCUCAACCCACAGCCAAGACAAUUAAUAUUAUCAUUGAAGGCAUAAAAUCUGGAGGAAACACAAAUAGUGGGAGAAAGCAAUAUGCCCGCCAACAUGCUCAUACCUCAAGGGAAUCUCCUGAUAAACUGAAAAACAUUACUUUUGAAGCAAGAGAUUUGGAAGGAAUAUCAUAUCCUCAUGACGAUGCUCUUGGUCGUUUCAGCAAUUUUGGCCAACUUUGA